GGCCAGGAGAGAGAGGCCAGAGCUGGUCUGCAUUGGAGACAGCGCUGCAGGGAUCCCCUCCAGCAGGGCAGGCACCGGCUGAUGCUGAGGUCUCUGGUACGUCAAGACAUCAUGAUCAAGGCUUCGAUGAGCUCUGGGAAGGUGACUCUCUUCCACCAGGAUCCACGGAGUGGGGUCACCUAUCGGGUCCCUGCACUGCUGUAUAUCCCCACAGACACACUCCUGGCAUUCGCAGAGAAGCGCUCCUCUGCCAGGGACGAGGACGCUGAGUACCUGGUGCUGAGACGAGGUCGGAAGACAGGGACUUUGGUCGAGUGGGGGCCCAGUGAGCCCUUGAGGAGCGCAGAGUUACCAGGUCACCGCACGAUGAGCCCCUGCCCGGUGUACGAGCGGAAGAGUCAGACUGUUUUCCUGUUCUUCAUCUGCGUGAGGAAGCACGUCACAGAGCAAUGGCAAAUCUGGACCGGGCAGAACGCCGCCCGGCUGUGCUACGUCCAAAGCAGAGAUGCCGGCCAGACCUGGAGCUCGUUGACAGACUUGACGGAGCAGGUGAUUGGGGAAGACUUGAAGGACUGGGCCACGUUUGCGGUGGGGCCGGGGCACGGGGUGCAGCUCAGCUCCGGGCGGCUGGUGAUCCCGGCUUAUACCUACCACAUUACCGCUCGCUGCUGCCGCCUGCCACUGCCCUGCUGGACCCUGCCCCGGGCCUUGGUCUUUUACAGUGACGACGGCGGGCAGCGCUGGCACAAGGGCGAGCUGAUUAAAGGCAUGAAGACAGGGGAGUGCCAGGUGGCCGAGGUGGCGUGCCAGGCCUGUGACCCCGUGUUGUACUGCAAUGCCCGGACCCCCCGCCAGUGCCGGGCAGCGGCUCUCAGCACAGACCAGGGGCUGACAUUCGAGAGCCCCUCCUCGUGUGAACAGCUGUGCGAGCCACCUCACGGCUGCCAGGGCAGUGUGGUGAGCUUCACACCAACAACAAGGCUUCUGGAGGCAGAUGGCGUGGAAGAGCCAGACGCCCCAGCCUACGAGACGACCUGCCUGUUGAACGAUGAAAACGCCCCCUCCACCAUCCGCAGAAGCACCAUGUCAUGGCUGCUUUACUCCCACCCGAUGGAUAAAUGCGAGCGGGUCGACCUGGGCAUCUACCUCAACCAGUCCCAACUGAAUGAGGCCAAGUGGGAACACCCCUGGCUCCUGUACAAAGGGCCGUGUAGUUACUCGGACCUGGCCGUGUUACAGGAUGCGCCAGCGCCGCUCUUGUUCGGCUGCCUGUUUGAGUGCGGGGUGAAUUAUGCGUGUGAGGAGAUCGCCUUCCAGCUCUUCUGCUUUGAGGAUCUCCAGAAGGGCAGAGACUCCUUGGAGCAGCAGCCCGAAGCAAAGCUAAAAUGCAACUAGCAAUCUCCUCCGGGGGGGUAAGUGAGGCAACACCACCCCCCAAGAUCCUCACCCCCUGAGGCCUGGGCUUCUGAAAGCAGCCUCUUUCGGGUGUCUCUGGUUUGGGGUCUGGGACUUCCUAGGGCAAGGAGGAGCAAACUACAGCCCGCGGAAUGAGUGUAAUAAUUUCUGUGGAGUUGCGACAACUGUUUUGUCAGGGUGGAUGCACCAUGGCCUUGUGCCAAAAUUCUUAUGCUCUUCCAAUGGAAAUGCUUAAUGUCCACCACUGCCCCCAGCUGGUUAGAAUCACAUCAACUCAUAGGUGCAGGAACUAGGGGUCUGGGGGGUGCUGCAGUGCCCCCAGGUUUUAUGCGGGGCUCCACUUCUGGCCCCACACCUGGGAUUCCGGCUGCUGGCCCCGCGCCCAGAGUCCUGGCUGCCGGUCCUGUGCCUCGGGGCUCUGUUCCUGGCCCCACAUGUGUGGUCCUCUCCUGGCGCUGAGCCUGGGAUUCCACCCCCAGCUGUGGCCCCAGUCUCAGCCCCCUUACCCCGUCCAUGUCCCCCCUCCCAGAGCCACGGCCCUGCUCCCAGCCUCAGCUCUAGGUGGUGGCGGGGGAAGCGGAUAUGGGUAAGGGGGGGUGCAGCACCCCCCCUAUAAAAAUGAUACUGGAAUCCAUCUUAAACCUAGUGCUUUUUCAUUUAGAAGAAGGGAUGGGAACCCAGAGAAAGACAAAGGAUUCCUGCCUUGUGCCAAAGAUAUAAAAGGGGGUAGAACAGAACAAAGGGAGCUUCCAGUCAUGAGAACACCCCGGCUUUCCAUUUAAGAUGUCUGUUGGAACUGACAAGGACUGUAUCAGGGGAAAGGAUUGGGUCCAGACUAGGAAGGAGUCUAGUCUGUGAAAGAAGCUUAUUGGAACAUCUCUGAGGGAGAGAUUUACUUGUAAUCAGUUUCUUUAUGUAUUAGGCUUAGACUUGCAUGUUUUGUUUUAUUUUGCUUGGUAACUUACUUUGUUCUGUCUGUUAUUACUUGGAACCACUUAAAUCCUACUUUUUAUACUUAAUAAAAUCACUUUUGUU